UGGAGUGUAGUUGUCAUCUCAAAAACUGCAGAAUGAACAAGAACAGAGCUUUGCAUGGCUGUGUGUUCCUGCUGCUCUGGCCCUUCCAUGGCACCACAGAGUCUACGGUGGAGUGUGAGAACCCCGACAGCACUCGCUGCAGCAUCUCCCUGGAGAAACUCCUGGACCGAGCCAUCCAACACGCCGAGCUCAUUUAUCUUGUCUCAGAGGACUCCCUCUCCUUGUUUGAGGAGAUGUUUAUUCCCUUCCAUGUUCAGACUCCUUUGACUCAAACAGGAAACGUGUGCACCACGAGCACCUUAUCCAUCCCUACCUCUAGAAGUGAGGUCCAAGAAAACUCUGACAAGUGGCUUUUGCACUCCAUUUUAUUCCUAAUCAAGUUCUGGAUUGAUCCUGUAAUCAACCUGCAGACUUCGCUGAGUCGCUAUGACAAUGCUCCAAUGGCACUGAUCAACAAGACAAAGUGGAUAUCAAGCAAGCUGAUAAACCUGGAGCAAGGAGUUACCAUCCUUAUCCAAAAGAUGCUAGGUGAGGGUGCCAUCAGGCUGGACCAGAGCAACGAGAGUCUGGCAGACUACCCUGUGCAUUCUGACAUGUUCGAGUCUGUGCUUAGAGACUACACAUUAUUGGCCUGCUUUAAAAAAGACACCCACAAAAUGGAGACCUUCCUCAAGCUGCUCAAGUGCCGGCGGACAGGUGGCUUGGGCUGCUCUUUUUUAUAG